AGUGAGCGGCAGUCGGCCAUGGGCUCGCUUUGACAUCGGUCGUGACAGCGUGCGUGGAUUUCGCGCCAAUCGCAUUGAAAAGUUUUUUUCUACAACUUAUUGUGUAGUGAGCGUGAACUAGGGUGUGUUUAUGUUAAGUUUAUACUCUAUGUUUUAAAUUUAUACAAGUGUAAACGUGAUUGUGAACAAUAAGUGCCUGAAUAUGUGCUAACGAACUGUCAAUAAUGUCAAAGUGUAAACACAAAGACGAUGGCCCUACGAAAUGACAUGGAUUCCAGUUUCCUCCCGGCGGACCCGCCGCCACUCUCGGACGUUCCCUACCAGCCAAAGACAGACCUGGCCUCGGAGUACUUCAACACAUUCAACCAAAUAUGCGAAAACUAUCGAGACGACAGGAUCCCGGACCAGAGGCCACCGGACCUGAGGCCCGUAGAUAGCAUACGCUCAUCGGCGGAUACCCUCCGAGUCUCCUCCGAAAUCCUCGACGGCAGCAGAGAGUUCAUAAGCACGGAUUUUCAGAGGCUGGACUUCAGUGAAAAGUUCUUGAAGGAUGAACAGGUUUUUCAGUUUGGUCAGCCGGAUGCGUCUGCGCUGCUCAGAGUGCGAGCGAGACGGAGGUAUAAUGAGGAGCACGGAAUACCGACGGUGACCAGUCAGGAGAGUGGGUAUGGCAGUGAUGAAUUCGGCCACGAUUCCCCGAGCCGGUAUGCGUCACCAAAAGGCGCGGGCGGGGGUGCAGCGGGCUACCAGGAGCCCUAUUAUGGUGGCGAGUGGGCUUCGGGGUACUACCAACCACCGCCACCGUAUCAUCAUGACCCUUAUGCCACAUCACCUGGCAUAGGGGCGGGCGCGUCUGGUGAGCCGAGCGCGGCGGGCGGCGCAGAGCUACCGCUGCCCCCUAUGUCGUCAUUUAGAGCAGCCGCCCCCGUGCACUCACCAACAGACCCAAUGCUCGUCGCCAAACCCACUAUGCAGCCGAUGUACGGCGGAGCUGCAGGAGCAGCGGUCAGCGGAGCGGGCGAAGCCGGCUCUCUGUCUUCUUACGGGUCAUCGCCCUCCACACCCGUACAUUCUCCGCCCCCGCUGCAUGCGCGGCUGUACCCGCCACUCAAACACUCGCCACAUCACCCGCAUCACGCGCAUCAUAAUGGACAGCAAGCAAACUGGGUAUCAUCAGGAGUGUCAUCACCACCCAGUGCGUCGACCCCCCACGCACCAUUAACUAAUGCGGUGCUCCCCAACGGACACCAUGUCGGCGUGUUCCCGCCACCGGUUAUGGGUGCUCCGGCGGAACAGAGGCAGCUCGACGAGGCCAUGGUCUUCCUCCGCGAGCACAACGAUGUCGGGGGCGCCCGAAUGGAAGAGAGACUGGACGACGCCAUCAACGUGCUACGGAAUCACGCGGAGGCGCCCGAUAUGUAUCCACAGGAUGUUCACACACACCAGCCGCCGCAGGCGAGUCGGCUCGGCGGCCUGGCGCAUCUUCAGCCGGAGCCCGUCAAAAUGGAGCGACAUCUCUUGCCCAAUACGAAAAAGCGCAAAGAGCCGCCGGAUUCGGGUCUGGACUCGAAGCCGUCGUCCUCGGGGUCGGCCGACGCCCUCGGCAAGGCGCCCAACAACAAGCGAUCGAGGAGAUAUUUGUCCGUCAGCUGCUCGUCGGCGGACGAGGACGAUCUGGACCCUGACGCGAAGGCGGCGCGCGAGAGAGAGAGGCGCCAGGCCAACAACGUCCGAGAGAGGAUACGAAUAAGGGACAUAAACGAGGCGCUGAAGGAGCUGGGCAGGAUGUGCAUGACGCACCUGAAGAGCGACAAGCCCCAGACGAAGCUCGGCAUCCUCAACAUGGCCGUCGAAGUCAUCAUGACGCUCGAACAGCAAGUCAGAGAGCGCAACCUGAACCCGAAGGCCGCCUGCCUGAAGAGGCGCGAGGAGGAGAAGGCGGAGGACGCUCCCAAGCUGCUCGCCGCGCCCUUGCACCACUACCAGCACAUGCCGGGCAUGGGCCAGGUGUCGGGUCAGCCGCCGUCGGGGCCGCCGCAGCAAUAACGAAUCGGCUCCGACGCGCACGCACACACGCACGCACACGUACACUAACACGCACACGCGCGGCCGCCCCGCCUCUAGCCGGCACUGGGAGGCGCCUCCGGGCCCUUUGCGGUUAAUGUUGUCCGAAGUCAUCCCGCUUCGUUCGUUUUUGUCUGACCGAAGCCGUGUCACAGAAAUAGCUGGCUCUUCUUAUUCUCUUUCUCUUCAGCUCUUCGUUCGUUUCUUUUCUGAUUAUUAAUUAUUUUUGUAAAAUUCGUUUCGUGUGUUUCCAUGUUUGUUUCCACGUGAAACGUCCGCGCUCACAGACAUUCCAAUCAGACGGAAACAAUAAUCGCAAAGAGCACGCUCAGCGUCAGACACGCGCUAACCCACGGUCACUCGGGUCGAUUCGAGAUCGUCCGUCCGGUGUGCCAGUGCGCGAGUGAUUAAUUGGACUCUAAUUAGGAUUUAAGUGUGUAUAUUACCUAGGCCUAGGGAAUAGUUUUAUAUCCUGAACCAUCGAGAUGGAAUUUUUUUAAACGCCCGAAGACGAGAGGAAGCGUAAAAAUUGUAAAAUAAUAUUAGAUAUAUGUAGAAAUAAUAAUAAAUAUAUAAGAAAAAGAUAUUUUAAUUACGAUUUUAAAUAAUUUCGCUGCCAUAAGCGUAGUCUAAGGUCCGGAGUCCGUUUUCGUGGCGACACCGCUCCGCCGUCCCCCCCGUCUCUCUUUGCGUUUACGUCCCCGAUUUUAAGCUCGACAAUAACUCCCCGAAGGUGGACUCUGGACAUUUUUAUUAGAAUUUUCUUUUAAGACGAGAUCGAGGGUGACUCGUUCGGAGACGGCGUCGUCUGUCGGCCUGGUCUUCCCUAUUUCCUCCCGGGGGAGAUGGGGAAGACCGCGCGCUAAUCGUUGGCUGCUAACUUAAGUGACGUACUUAAGUUUUUUUUUUAACUCCAGUGAUUUUUUUUACGAUUUUACCCCGUAUACAGGUUUUUUUACGCGUUUGCGUAUUUUUUAUUUAUAUUCGGUAGCUAUUGUUUUGAUUUGGAUAGCGUACUUAUGUUUUCAAAUCUCGAUUGUGAAUUUAUUUUUGAUGUAAAUCGGACGCAUGAAAAAUGUAAUUUUGCUCGACGAAUCCGUGUAAGAAUCAAAUGUAAUGUUGCGUUUUGUAUCGAAAGAUCGAUUGUUCGGCGACACUCGACAGUUGUAAAUACGAGGAAGCUCAAUUUUGUCGGUCCGUUUCGCUGUCGCUCUCCCACACGGUUGACUACGAUUCGUACCAAAUUAGUAGUUCGCUACGCGUGAGGUACGAAUUCGGUAGUUAUCCUCGAUUCCCCGCCCUAAAACUUGUAUUAUAUAGAGAUAAGUUAAACCGCCAUUUUGGUGAAACCGAGGGUUCGAUCAAAAUGGCCGACUCGGAUGAUUGAUUAUUGGAAAGUUCAAAAUAUUUUUUUAGUAUUUCUUAGCGUUUAAGUCACUUUAUGACCGCUGUCUAGCUUAGUUGACUUCUUCCAUUUAGCGUUAAUUUUAAGUUUUUUUUUUAUUAUUAAUUUUGUUGUCCGUAGGGUCUACGCGAAAUCGAGGUGAAGCGCAAAACGUCGCGUCUCGCUCUGAUAAUCUAAUCUACGAUGGUAAAAAGGAGACGGCACGAUUUUGCGUUUGACGUCGAUUUCGUCCAAAAUACCAGUAAUUUAUUGGAAUAUGCUCAGGUUAAGAGGCACUGGAGUUGUUUUCCUUCUGUUCUGUUACAAAUCCUGGCGAUUGUGUAAUCGAGGCUGCUCUUUGUUAUCGCCUCGCGUAGACGUCCCCCUCCCACUGUUCAAAUGAAUAUAAAUACAAGAAAGCUCUUAUUAUAAAAGGAAUAAUUAUAAUUAAAUAUAAAUGUGCCAUUCAUUUUGCUAAAA